GAAAAAAUAGGAUCAAAUAUAAUGUAGAUGCAUCAUCUACUGCUCUAAUGUCAGGAUUUGGCAUGGAUUUUAAAAAAAUUGUUAGCAGUUUAAAGGACUAGCGAGGUGCCAGUUCGGUUCUGAUUGAUGGAUAAAACUCAGAGCAAGAUCAUAUUUAAAAAAAUCUGGGUGAAUGCUCACCCCCCUUGUGUUUUUGAGAGACACACUUAUACACACAUACACAUUAUCUACAGACACACUUGUACACACAUCACCUUACAGACACACCUACACAUCACGCAGACGCACUUAUACACACAUCACCAUGCAGAGAAAACAUAAGAUAACAUAAUUAUGCUCUCAGCUUAAAUAUUGUCCAAGGCCUUUACAGUGUACAGUCGUAAAUGAACCUAUGUACUUGUAGUGUUAACCUUUUUCUGUUCAUGGUGAUGUUUUGAGGCGUGUUUGUUCUCGAAAACGAUAGUGGGUAUUCAGCCACAUGGGUGUGAAAUUAGUGUUAAUUAGCCAUCAACCAAGGCUGUAUGAAACCAAACGCAACCUGCCAUGUCUACAUAUGCCACAUGUAGAUAAUGAACACCUUGACUGAUUGCUCAGGCACACGAAAACAAACUAGACAGACAGACCAGACAAGACCAGACAAGACAGGACAGGACAGGACAGGACAGGGACAGGGACAGACGGACAGACAAGUUCUCAUUCUCAGCUAACCAUGAAUAAUGCGCAGUGAUAUUGGCGAGUGAAAACAAAGACGACAUUCGAGGGAAUGUUCGUUCAGGCGCGUCUUGCCGAUGACUGCAGCGUCACCUCCCCCAUCGGCAGCUUCAACAUCCCGGUCAACGACAACUUCAUGCAGCAAAUGGUCUGCGACAAAACAAACGAUGCGGUGUCUCACAGAAUGAAAAGCGCGCAGAAUAGCAAGAGUUUUAUCUGGACACCGCCACCUACCAUCCCGGGUACCAUCUACUUCAGGGCGACGGUGGUGUACAACAAGACGACCUUUUGGACCGACGUGUUUUCGGAGUUCCUGCUGCCGUCGGGCGCCAAACCAAACCCUCAGUACUGUCCUGUACAGAAGACAUUUGUAACGACAACGUCGUCUGCUACAAAGGUCACAUCGACGAAGGUGUCGUCGACUGUACGAGCGUCAGACGCAUGGACUGUCUCUUCUGCUCGGGUGCUGACGGUCGUCGUGUGUGUUGUCGCUGUUGUAGCAGUAUCUUGUAACGGUUCUGCUUGAGAAGUUCAUAAACUAUAAAAUCUUAGAUGACCGUUACGAACUAACCCUACAACUUGUGUAGAGUGCUGUGCUGUAUGUCUUGCCCCUGAACCCCCGGCCACCAUGGCCACCUCCAUAAAUGUUCUGAUUUGAGUGGAAAUCUAGAAGGUGCGAGGGCAGCUCAUAUUGGGACAAUAUGACCAGAACUUUUUAGCGAUUUAGUUUAAGUUUGGGGAGUCAUUCCUUGGUACCUGUGUGCUCGCCUAGAUUC